AUCAAAAUAGGCAGACCAUCCUCCAAGUCUCCAACGGACACUUCACACCUUCUGCCCGAUAACUCCGCAAGACAAAUUACCAGACCCCCCCCCCCUUCACUUUCCAUUUCUUACUGAUUCUUUUCCCCGAAGCAGACUCGGGAAUCUUCUCUGAGCUGUAUGUACUAGCCGUAAUUACCAAUUCAGGAAGAUCUGUGUGCGCGCAGUGGUGGGAUCUCUUAAUCAUCACCUUCGGCUAGGAAAAGCUGCAAAAGUUGAACUAUUUCCUCGUCCGCAGUAAAAUUCAGUGGUGAAGAUGGCAAGCCGACUAAAGGAAGAUGAGAAGAAUGAACGAAUAAUUAGGGGCCUCCUGAAACUUCAAGAGAACCGCAGGUGUAUUAAUUGCGGCAGCCUGGGACCACAAUAUGUAUGCACAAAUUUUUGGACGUUCGUUUGCACAAACUGUAGUGGAAUACACCGGGAAUUCACACAUCGAGUUAAAUCAAUUUCAAUGGCUAAAUUUACUUCGCAAGAAGUUAGUGCCCUUCAAGAAGGAGGAAAUCAGCGUGCAAAGGAAAUUUAUUUUAAAGAAUGGGAUCCACAACGUCAUUCUCUUCCCGAUAGCAGUAACAUUGACAGGCUCCGAGACUUUAUUAAGCAUGUUUAUGUGGAUAGAAGAUAUAGUGGUGAGAGGAACUAUGACAAACCACCAAGAGGAAAGAUGGGUGACAAGGAUGAUUCCUAUGAAAACAGAAGGGUUGAGACAUAUCAGGGAGGAUCUAAAAGUCCACCAUAUGAGGAUGCAUAUGAACGUCGUUAUAGUGACAGGUCUAGUCCUGGUGGCAGAAGUCCUGGAUAUGAUCAAGAAAGUAGACAAUAUGGUGAUUACAGGAAAAGCCCAGGCCGUCCUCCAAUAAUCAAUGAUUGGCGUCGUGAAGACAGAUUUGGAGAUGUUAGAAGAUUUGAAGAUCGUAGAACAUCUGAUGGAGAUUAUAAACUGGAAGGCCAAUCGCCAGAGCGAGCAAAAGAUGUUGAUUCUUCAAGUUCACCUGUUGUACGGCCUGUAAGAGAUAUAUUGGGAGAAAAUGUGGUUCCUCUUCGAAUAAGUGAGCCCCCCAAAACAAACAGUGGAAAGGCUUCUGAUGGCUCUGCACUCACACAGAGAACUGCAUCUUCGAGUAGCUUAGCAUCUAGUAAUGGAAAUGCAGCAGAAGUUAAGCUUGAGACUACUAAGAGCCUUAUUGAUUUUGAUGCUGAGCCUGAACCUCCCGUUGCUCCAGCAAUUCCUCAAGCACAACAAACUACUGCCGUCCAACCUGCUGUGCAGCCAGCAAAUUCUAGUGAUGACAACUGGGCAUCUUUUGAUGUUGCCCCUGCAGCAAAGACAACCCAAGGUCCUUCAAAUUUAAGUCCACUUGAAUCUGUUCUCUCACAACUAUCAAUGCCUGCCCCUGCCCCUGCCCCUGCCCCUGCCCCUGCCCCUGCCCCUGCCCCUGCCCCUGCAGCUCCUCAGGUUUCUGGAGUUCAAGGACAUCUGCCAGCAUCAGCUGUCACUGCCAGUGGAGCUGGAGCUGGAACUGGAACUGGAACUCUUGGCAACUUCUCAUCAGUACCACCAAGUGGUACUGCUGUAACAGCCCCUGGGUUGAUGACAGUGCCACCAAUCAACAAUGCAGGCCAGUGGGCCAGUGUGCAACACAACCGUCCUGUAUUCCCUACCACUGGGAGCCAUCCUACUACUCAACAAUUCAUUCCAUCAGCAGGUGGAUCUUUGAACAGUCAGCAGUGGAGUGUAUCUCCAGUGCCCACAAUGCAAGGGCACCCUGGCAUACAAAUGCCGCAUGCAUCCCCUCUUACCGCAAAACCUACCAAUGAGGUUAGCUCUAGUGCUGCUUUACAGCCUUCAAAAGAAGUGCAACCAGGUGGAAGAAAAGAACUUCCUGAGGAUCUCUUCACCGCAAGGUAUUCAUCCUUUGCUUCUCCAGCGCCAGGGUGGCAAAUGGGUCCUCCCCAGGGCAUGGGUAUCUAUAUGCAAUAUCAUACUGCAGCGCCCAUGCCAAGUUUUCCACAGUCAUCAAAAUCGACAAAUCCAUUUGAUGUCAGCAGUGAACCACCUCCAGUUCAAGCCCCAACAUUUCCUUCCAUGUCAUCCUUGCAAGGUGCUCUGCCAAGUAUACCACCUUCUUCCGGUGUAAUACAUCCCCCAAGCCUGGGUAAUCCACCACUUUCCUGGAGCUCACCCCAGUCAUCAUACGGUUCAGUACUUCCUCCGCAAGCUCAAGUUCAUGCAGCAGCAAUGGCGCCAAGGGCAUACGUCGGGCAACAAGUGCCAACUAACAUGCCAAUGCCUAGGCACCAGGAAAUUGGGAAUUCUGGCACACAUGGAGCUGCUUUUGGCUUCUCAAAUCCAGAUAAGCAGAUAACUGGUAUGUUCUCAACCCCUGCUGCGGCAAAUUCCUUCUCUGCUGGAGGCAACCCCUUUGGUUGAUGUGAAAAUUAUUUCAUCUGGCCUCUUCUUGGCACGCACCAUCUUGUUGCUUCCUGUACAAAUGUGGGUGAAGUUUUGGCUGACAUCAUUUUAUUAGUCAAUGAGAUUUGUGAUCAUCGUUGGGGUUAAAGUCAAAUAUCUACACUUGCAGUGUAAAUUUGUUUAUUGUUAUAGGAAAGAGAGAGCACAAUUUUCCCCCCCGGUUUUGGGGGUGGAGAUCUUGAAAGGGAAUAGGGGGCUGAAAUUGGUGGAGAGAACCCUUCGUGGAGACAAUUUUUUGGGUCCAACAUGUGUUUCGCUUGCAAUUGUAGCGUCUGUUGAGUGAUGAUGUGUGUUAAUUUGGUGCCCAAGAGUUGUAUUAUUUGCUGAUUUUGUUGUAUUGUAUGUUCCGUAAUCUUAUAAUUUUGGCGUGCUCUCUUCAUACAUGUACGUGAAAUCAUGCUCUUAUUGUAGUCAAUUGAGUCUCUAUACCAAAAUGUCUAUUAAAA